UCGCAAUUCGAUGAGAAUUUGGGCUAAGAUUUCGAUUGAUAUAUGUUGGGUUUAUCUCUGAAUCCCUCGACACUUGGCCAAUUGCUGGAUUUUUGGGUUAACUGAUGGUUGCAAAUUUCGGCCAUUUGCUUCACAAAUUCGAACUUUGUUUGCCCUAGCUUUCCUCGGCUAAUUCGAUCUGACCAGGGAUUUUGGCAACAAGGAUCUAUCUUUGCUUGUACACUAACCGACUACAGUAGAUUACUUGAAGACCCAUGAAGUUUUUUGAAAUGGUUCAAUGGAAUUGUUGGAUUUGAGCCAUAGGGUUAACACGCAAAUCUAAUUAUCAUGUCAAAUUCUUGUGUUUGGCUUGUUUCUAGCCUUGGGUUUAUGUUUCGGAAUCGAAGCUAUAUGUGUUUUGCAAUGUGUUUUUGAUGAUUUUAUCUUAUGUGCAGACCUUUUACAAGUUAAUUAGAAGCUGGGCAUCGAAGAAAUUCAUGACUGGAUGUGUUAUCCUGCUUCCAAUGGCAAUCACUUUCUAUGUGACUUGGUGGUUCAUUCAUUUCGUGGAUGGAUUUUUCUCUCCGAUAUAUGCCCAACUAGGAAUCGAGAUUUUCGGUCUUGGCUUUAUCACGUCCAUCACAUUCAUCUUCUUGGUCGGGGUGUUCAUGUCUUCGUGGCUCGGGGCUUCGGUUCUAAGCCUCGGAGAGUGGUUUAUCAAGCGGAUGCCAUUUGUUCGCCACAUUUAUAACGCCUCCAAGCAAAUCAGCACUGCCAUAUCGCCAGAUCAAAAUACACAGGCAUUCAAGGAAGUCGCCAUUAUAAGGCAUCCACGUAUCGGUGAAUACGCCAUCGGGUUUAUCACAUCGACCGUUGUUCUCCAGAAUUAUGCAGCCGAGGAGGAACUUUGCUGUGUAUAUGUUCCCACGAACCACCUCUACAUUGGGGAUAUAUUCCUUGUCAAUACAAAGGAUGUCAUCAGGCCAAACCUCUCUGUCCGGGAAGGAAUCGAGAUCGUUGUGUCGGGAGGAAUGUCGAUGCCGCAGAUCCUGUCGACGCUUGAUAUGAGAGCAGCGCCAGAUAGAAGUAGAAGCAGAGUGGAAAGAAACUGAUCAAAGUCAAGCUUCUGCAGAAUCUUCAGAUUCAUAGAAAUGGAAUCUCUUCUCUUUUUUGUGUCCUUGCUUCAUUUUGAUUUUCAGUUGUCUGUUUUGAAAUAUAAAUUUUCUUCCAGUUUGAUCUUCCGAGUUUAGCUGUCAGACGAUGGAAGUGUGUUUUGUCCCCCGGCUUUGUAACAUAGUUCGUGUCUAGAAUGUAAAAUAUAGAUUUUUGUUUCCAUCCAUAAUUAGCCGAAAAUGCAAUAUUUAUGUGUA